GAUACACAUCGGCGGAAACUGUUAUCAUAUAUAGACAGUUGCGGAUCACUGAUUUGGAGACACAAUAUGGUGCAUAUUUAAUUAAAUGACUUUGCCAAUCAAUUUGAUAUUUGGGUGUGUUAUGAUAUUGCAUGUAGUUGGAAACGGGACGUUGAGAAUGGCGGAGUCGAACUAAAGACCGUUGUAAUCAACAAGAAUUUUGACACGUUCACAACAAAGAAAAUGAACGACCUGGUGAUGACACCCUUGUUCUUGUUAGCGACAGUUCUCCACCUAACAGAAUGUAUGGUCUACCACACAGCGUUCCUUGGAAGAAAUUUUUCAGCACCAAUUGAAAAUGGAAUAUAUGGGUUUUUACAGUAUCAGGAUUUAUCAGAGAAACCAAAUGUAGUUGACGAAGUGAAUUGUACAUGGACACAUGACGGUAAAAUGAUAAAAGCGUCAUCACCGGAAUGUAGGGAUCUUAUUCCUUAUGGUUUUCAGCAUUUAUCGACCGGUGUCAAGGUUGAAUCUUCCGAAGAAUUUACUCUGCACGUGUAUCAAGCCGAUUCAAAAGGUUAUCCUUCCGAUGGGUAUCUUGCUAUUCCAGACGAGCAUCUUGGUACAGAAUACUAUGUUCCUACUUAUUGUUCGUUAGGUGGUCACUGUCAGAUUGCUGUGGCAGGUACUACCGACAGCACAUCGCUUCAGAUUGUCUUUCCCGAGCAUAUCCCAUCAGAGUCUGUCACUUGCAAUGGACAAAGUAUUACCACUGGGGACCCAGUUUCGUUUCAACUAAACGAAAACGAGGUAUUGCAUAUUGAAAGCAAUGAAAGUCAAGUUGAUCUAUCAGGCACUUACAUAACAUCUGAUAACGUAAUAGCAGUGUUUAUUGGAGCACGAGAUGGUCCAGGUGAUGCUUGCAUGAUUGAGCAAAUUCCACCUGUUAACAAAUGGGGUACUGAGUUUGUUGUAGCUCCAAAUGCCCUCAAUGACGCAGGUGACGUCAUAAAGAUUAUAACCCAAAGCCCAGAUACAACAAUUCACAUCCUCAGAUAUUCCCCAUUCACAAUUUCUAACGCGGGAGGGUAUGUUGAGCUAAGGAUUGACUGGGAAAUGCACAGUACUAUCGUCUCAACAAAGCCAAUCCUUGUUGUACAGAUUAUGUCUCUUGACAUCUAUAACGACACGUCCAUAGUAAAAGGAAAACCUGCCAUGGUGCUUGUACCCCAUGUUAAGCAAUGGACCGACAAAGAAGUUAUGUCCGAUUGUUUUAUAAACGCAAAUAACGAUAGCAUUUUAACUGCAGUUACAGUUGCAGUUGCAGAUUUGCCCACAGUUACCUGGGAUCCGAAUAAUACCGGUAUGUUUGAUAUCCCACGAACACGAAUUGAUGGUAGCGAAUAUUUUGUGGUAAAAUAUAAACCCAAGGUAGGCAUGACUGAAAGGAAAACGUCAGUACGUGGAUUUAACCGUAGUGUUUAUGGCUAUUGUAAAGGAAUGUCGGCAGUCCUUUUAGCAGCGAAUUGGUCAUGGACCAAUGAGGAAUGUUUUCGAACUCGUCCGAUGCCAGGAGACGGAGUGGAUAAUGACUGUGAUGGUAGAGUGGAUGAGGACAACUGUACAAAGGACGAUUUAUUUGUCAAUUUUCAUUCAACACCAAACCGGACAACAGGGGAGAUUUAUUCCAAAACGUUGAAUGUGAUUGGUGCUUCACCAAUUCAUUUUAGUGUGACAACUUGUGGUGUUGCUGCGGUCGCGUUUAAGGUAGCCAAUGACCAAAGGAAAUUGUUUACGGCACAU